UGCUUUCCUUCAAAGGGAAGGGGCUAUCAAGUUUGUGUGAAGUUGUGAAAAGUUGUUAAGCAGAAAAAGAGCACAGAAACUCCUCCCGUCUUCAAAUAUGAGCAAUCAGCAACAAGGUGAAAUGGCCGCAGUGGAGAGUGGCGGAGGAUUCUCUCAGAAGCGGAACACUAACUCACAAGACUCUCAGCAGCCAUCUCCCCUUGCUCUGCUGGCAGCCACGUGCAGUAGAAUUGAACCACCGGGGGAAAACGAUUCAUCUGCAGACCAGCAUCAAACUCAGCAGCAGCAGCUGAAGAUAAACCAAAUUUUCACCUCCAAUGCCAAUGGCUGGCAGGUUGUACCUCUUAGCCUCCAGACAACCGCUGGCUGUAACACUACCACAACCACCGAUUCUACAGGGGUGAUGACAGGAGGGGAAAAGAGCAGACAGGUGCUGUCAACAUCUGAAGCUGCAGUGUGCAGCCAGGCUCAGCAGCAGCAGCAACAACAGCAAUAUGUUUUAGCUCAGGCUCCAUCAGUGACAGGUCAGCAGGUGCUUACCACCAUAUCGGGCAUGAUGCCCAAUAUUCAGUACCAGGUUAUUCCCCAGUUUCAGACAGUAGACGGCCAGCAGCUGCACUUUGCAGCUCCUCAGCAGGAGUCUGGGAUAACAGGACAAGGUCAGCAGUUUCAGAUAGUGUCCUCUCCCAACGGGCAGCAAAUCAUAGCUGCAGCAGCCAACAGAACUGGCACAUCAGGAAACAUUAUAACUAUGCCCAGUGUCCUUCCAGGAGCCAUUCCCAUACAAAGCAUUAGCUUGGGUAAUGGUGUGUUACAGAACCAACCUCAAAUCUUGGCAAACAUGCCAGUGUCUCUCAAUGGAAACAUCACCUUGCUGCCUGUCAGCACAGGUGCUACAGGGGGAGAUGCAAACUGUGCUGGAGAUGGAGGGGGUCACCAACAAGUGGAAAAUCAGACGCAGCAACCUGUAUCCUCUGGGGCUGGUUACAUGACCAAUGUAUCCACUGUCACAACACAGACCACCUCUUAUGGAAUCACCCAAACACAGAAGAACAAUGGAUCAGGCACAGGAAGUUUCCAACAGAGCCCCUCGUCUGUUGGGGUCGCUGUUCAGCCAGAAAACAGGAAUGGACAGCAGCCUCAGCAAAUCCUCAUACAGCCUCAACAGGUCAUCCAAGGUGGAACAUCUCUUCAGACUAUCCAGGCUGGCGGCCAAGUGUUUGCAGCUCCAACACUCAGUCAGGAGGGCCUUCAAAAUCUUCAAAUUAUGCCAAACACAGGACCUAUUCUCCUGCGCACCGUGGGCCCCAAUGGCCAGGUCAGCUGGCAGACCAUUCAGAUUCAGAGCCCAACUGGGGCACAGAUUGCAUUGGCCCCUGUGCAGUCUAUAUCCCAACUCGGCCAAGCUCAGGGCAACACUGGUGCAGGAGCAGUACCUGUCAACACGUUGCAGAUCCCAGGCAUUCAGACCAUAAACCUUAACACCCUCGGGAGUGCUGGACUGCAGAUGCACCAGAUACCAGGAGUCCCCAUCAGCAUCGCCAACCCAGCAGGAGAGCAGCCGCUAAUCACAGGUGGAGACGGUUUAGAGGACAGUAUGAUCAUGGACGAUGAGGACAUCAGCCCACCCAAUCAGGGUCGACGUAACCGCAGAGAGGCGUGUACCUGUCCAAUGUGCAAGGAUGGAGAGGCACGUGAUCCAACUAAAAAGAAGCAGCACAUUUGUCACAUAAGCGGCUGUGGGAAAAUCUACGGGAAGACCUCACACCUCCGAGCCCACCUUCGUUGGCAUACAGGAGAACGCCCCUUCGUCUGCAACUGGUCUUUCUGCGGUAAAAGAUUCACGCGUUCAGAUGAGCUCCAGCGCCACCGGAGGACACACACAGGUGAGAAAAGAUUUGCCUGCACUGAAUGUCCCAAGCGCUUCAUGCGUAGUGACCAUCUCUCAAAGCACAUCAAGACCCACUUUAACAAGAAAGUUGGGACAGUUACCAACAGCUCCACGUUAGCGGGCGAUGCUGCUUCCCCGGCAGCAGGAACAGAAGCAGGCAGCGGAGCAGUGUCGGCCAAUGACCAACACUCCAUCGUCACCAUGGAAACCUUAUCUGCAGAAAGCUUAGCUCGUUUAGCCAGUAGUGGUAUCAAUAUGAUGCAGGUGGACCUUCACCAGAUCAAUGGAAACAAUUAUUAAAUCAACAGAGGGGGAAAUUCCCUGUUUGGAAUUUGGGCUUAAAACAAACAGAAAAAAGGGCAUAAAGCAAAACCUCCAAGGUGUUAAAACAGAAAAGGGUCACCAAUGCAACAUUAUAUAUGCUAAAUUCAAAUUUUGAUUUUUAUAUUUAGAUAUUGGUAGUAUUUAAUAGAUUAAGAUGCUCUAUUAAACACUGUGAAAUUUAUUUUCCCUGCAAAGGAAUGGCAGUUAGACCAACUUUCCCCCCAGUUCCAACAAAGUUAAACCAGUGGGAUUGAAAUUAGACAUUUGAUAGUUAAUUUAAGACCAGUAAUAUUCUCUAGUUUCUUUAGUGAAGAGGUGACCUUAAGUCACUCGCUCUACUUCCUGCAGGACUGUUUUGUUUGCCCCUCUUUGCAUCAGAGGUGUCUUGCCCCGCCCACAGCACCGUUAAACAUUUCCCUAAAAUUCAAAGGAAACAUCAUGUUUUAGAUUCUAAAACUGAAUACUUGAUUGAUAGUCGUGAUAACAUUGGGUAAUUUUAUUGGCUUGCAUUUCUACUGUCUUAGUGCAUGGAUGAAUUACCCAGCAGCAAAACUGGGCCAAAAGCAUUGUCUGCCAGCAAGUCCUGGGGAUAACUCUGAUGUAAGAACACAUUCAAGCCAUUGUACUCUAAUAUCUGUGGUAUCAAAGCAUUUUUUUAAAAAGUGUACAUAUUUUUUUUUUUUUUUUUUUGUAAAAAUCAAAAUUAGGCAGGAUCAUCUUACCUGAUUGCAGGAUAAUGCUUUAGUCUUUCCUGAAUGCACAAUCUUCAUUUUAUUUUUUUAUUAUAUAUAAAUCAAUAUAGAAUAACUGUAUAAACUUCAAAGCUUUCAUAGAAUGUUAUAUACAGCACCAAUCUUCCAGUUGACACAUUGUGGUAAUAUUAAGUUUUCCUUUCCUGUGGUACUUCUUUCUUUUAAGAAUUUGAGAGCAAUGUCACUUUCAGUUUCAAUUUGAGUUUUUUCCCCUGUCAUUUAUGGCCAGAGCAAAAAAAAAAAGAGAAAAAAAACUGCAAUAAUGUUUAUACAGUUUACAAGCUCAAACCAAAGGUUCAUUCAUUUUCUGUCGUUUGCCAGAGAAGAGCCUGGAAAGAAGUUUGGCUUUGGUCAAUGAACUUUGUUUUUCUUUGUACAAAUAUGAUGCAUAUGUUAAAACUGGAGAACAAGUAUGAAUGAAACCUAUCAGUUUUCUUUUAUGUCUAAAUAUAAAAACAGCAGGAUGUUGUUACUAAAGUUAUGGUUUGCAUUGCUGUUUUUUCCUUUUAGUUCUGCUUUGUGAAACUCUGUAAUCUGUGCAAUGUAUCUUCACAACCUUUUAGAAAAGUGACUUAAGUUUAUUGGACAAGUGCUCUUAUGUCCCCCCUGCAUUUUAAAAUAAGGGAUUUUAUAAUGUGUUUAUACAUCUAUUGCAAAUGCCAACAGCUUGAUUAAAAAUUAAUCU